UUUGUCCAAGAAAAGUUCCUAAUUAAGACAAGAGGGAUAACUUGAUGCUUAUAAAGCAAAUCAAACACUAUUCAAGGCUUUGCAGGCUCUGAAGAUGCCUCCAAAGUUGCUGCGGCUCGGCCAUGUCACGUGCGGCAUUCUCGGUGAGAAGGUGAGACAGACGUUAAGUGGACCACUCACCGUGCAUUGAUAGGCCAGAACGAUAAACAUGCUUGAUUGGUAGAUUGCAUCACCUAACUCCUCCGCUGUGGAAUCCGAAUCAUCGACCAGCCUGUCCAUGACCAAUCUCCAUCUCCGCUCAUCAUCUUGCACCGCCAAAUCUUAGGACAGUGAGUCGUGCAUGCAAAUCGUUUCGCUUGCUAGAAAUAUUCAUCAAGUGCAACAUUCACGUUACGAUUUCUCUCUUUCAACAGCAUUCAACUUCUAUCCUUACAUCCGUUCUCGCCUUCCGACCCAGUCGCUAUCAUGUCUACCGCUGCUCGUCGCCGUCUCAUGCGAGACUUCAAGCGCAUGCAGACCGAUCCUCCCGCUGGUGUCUCUGCUUCACCUGUACCAGACAAUGUCAUGACCUGGAACGCCGUCAUCAUCGGCCCCGCAGACACCCCCUUUGAAGAUGGCACCUUUCGACUUGUGAUGCAGUUCGAAGAGCAAUAUCCCAACAAGCCUCCCCAAGUCAAGUUCAUCAGCCAGAUGUUCCACCCCAACGUCUACGCCACCGGAGAGCUUUGUCUCGACAUUCUGCAAAAUCGAUGGAGUCCUACGUACGAUGUCGCCGCUGUCUUGACCAGUAUUCAAAGUUUACUUAACGACCCUAACACUGGUUCACCUGCGAACGUCGAAGCUUCCAACCUAUACAAGGACAACCGAAAGGAAUACACCAAGCGUGUCAGAGAGACGGUGGAGAAGAGCUGGGAAGACUGAACGGCCUAACUUCAAAAGGACAGAGAACGGUAUGCCAACGUCGACCUGUCCAGCAAGGUACAGAUCAGGCUGCUCAAACAAUGAAAGUGCUCUGCAGCCCAAAGCUGCAAGCAUUUUGUGUAAAUGGCGUUUGGGGUGCGAGGAGUUUCAACUGACUAAACUGCAUUCGAGGCGUUGCAAGCGUCCAGGAAGCCCCGGGAACGUUAGCUUAUGAUAUCACAAGGGUUCAUCAUGAAGAAGGAGUUUAAUGUUUCUUGUAGCGCCUUUGUUUAUUGUCCGAGAAUGACUCUCAACGAAGUGAACUAUGCUUGCUAACGAAGCGGAAUGUGUCAAAUGGUGGGGGUGUAUUGUGUCCUUGCUUGUGAGGAAUGGUGACAUGU